GAAUAUCCGUAAGUUGACAAAGCGUAGCUUUCAUUAACUAGCCUCAUUGACUAUUGACUAUAAAAAGUAAGGCUAUAAAGUGAUUUACACGCAGCUGAAUUUUUAUUCAUUGGCGCAGCUUUUAUUUUCUAAUUUCAAGUCACAUGAAUCAUCGCAUCCAAUAAAUCGACGAUUGUAAAAGAAAAAAAUUUUUUUCCUCCUCCUUUUCCGCUGGUGUAUAAACAAGAGGUUAUUGAAAAAACUUGUUUUGAUCAUGCCUUCCCACAAAACUUACAGAAUUAAACGAGUUCUUGGUAAAAAACAAAAACAGAAUCGUCCAAUUCCUCAAUGGAUUCGUCUUCGUACUGGGAACACGAUUCGAUAUAACGCUAAACGUCGCCACUGGCGUCGCACUAAACUCAACAUUUAAAUUACAAGUUAUCAUUCAUUCAAUAAACCAAUUUCAUAUUUCUUAAAAUGAAAAAUGAAUCAAAUAAAGUUUAAUUAAAUCGAAAUGUAAUUGUGAGAUAUAUUUUUUGUGCUUUAUAUUGAGAAAGUUAAUCAAUGUUUAUACAAGGAAAGAGUUUUUAAUGAUGAAAGUUAUGUGCAAUCAAGUUACAUACAAUAAUUGAAAAUGUAUUGUAGUAAAAAAAAGUUUUAUUUACCAAUUUAAAAUAUCACCGAAU